AUGAUGCGCGCCAAGGGCAAAGCUACAUUCUUGGACGCCAUGAAGGAGACCACCUCGCCCGUCUCUCCCGCGGCGGCGGCGGCGGCCAAGGAGGCGCUCAAGGAGGACGAGUGGGAGGUGCGGCCCGGCGGGAUGCUGGUGCAGAAGCGCGACCCGGACUCCGACGCCCCCGCGGGCGCCCCCGUGCCCACCGUCCGCCUCAAGGUCAAGUUCAACGGCGUCUCCCACGAGAUCUACAUCAACUCCCAGGCAUCCUUCGGUGAGCUGAAGAAGAUGAUGUCCGAGAAGACCGGGCUGCACCACGAGGACCAGAAGGUGCUCUACAAGGGCAAGGAGAUGGACUCCAAGGCCUUCCUCGACAUAUCCGGCGUCAAGGACCGUUCCAAGCUGGUGAUGCUCGAGGACCCCGACGCGCAGGCCAAGCGCCUCAUCGAGCAGCGCCGCGCCGACAAGGCGCAGCGCGCCUCCAAGUCCGUCUCCCGCAUCAGCCUCGACGUCGACAAGCUCGCCACCAAGGAGAAGCGGGUGCAGAAGUACGUGGAGACGCUGGACGUCAUCCGGGCCAAGAACGCGUCGGCGCCCACGGCCAACGGCCACGUCAAGAACGCGGCGGCACCCAAGGCCAACGGCAACGGCAAUGGGCAAGCCAAGGGCGACCGGUCGCUGCACCUGCCGCCGCGGCCGCCGCCCGUGUCGCAGCGGCGGCAGUUCAAGCAGCAGCCCGCGCCGGCGAACGGCAAGGCUGCGGCGGCGCCGCCCACGGCGAGCUGGGAGACGUUCGACCUGCUGUCGUCAAUGCCGUCGACGUCCUCGGCCACGGCGACCACCACCAUGGCAGCCGCGACCACCACGACGAAGCCGGCCACCAACAACAACACCACCUCGCCGAUCCCGCGGUUCGACUGGGAGCUCUUCUAG